AAGACAGAGCAGCUCACAAAAAUUCAUUUCCUUGAAUCAGGGCUUAUUUUUCUGUAUAAAAAUGCAGCUGUCCAGAUACUCCACAUCAGAUCUGCGAGACCAGAGAGCUGUCUUUUGAGCUUUUCUUUCUCUAGGUCCAGCAUCCUGAGAAGCAUGAGUUCCUACCAGCAGAAGCAGACCUUCACCCCACCCCCGCAGCUCCAACAGCACCAGGUGAAACAGCCCUGCCAGCCUCCUCCUCAAGAACCUUCUGUGCCCAAGGAGCCCUGCCACCCAGAGCUUCCACAACCUGGAAACCCCAAGAUUCCCAAACCAGGAAGCACCAAGGUUCCUGAACAAGGUCAAACCAAGGUCCCUGAGCCAGGCUGCACCAAGGUCCCUGGACAAGGCUACACCAAGGUCCCUGAACCAGGCUGUACCGAGGUCCCUGAACCAGGCUGCACCAAGAUCCCUGAACAAGGCUACAUCAAAGUUCCUGAACAAGGCUACACCAAGGUCCCUGAACAAGGCUACAUCAAGGUCCCUGAACCAGGAUACACCAAGGUUCCUGAACCAGGUUACACCAAGGUCCCUGAACCAGGAUACACCAAGGUCCCUGAAUCAGGCUACACCAAGGUCCCUGGACAAGGCUACAUCAAGGUCCCUGAACCAGGCUACAUCCAAGUUCCUGAACAAGGCUACACCAAGGUCCCUGAACAAGGCUACAUCAAGGUCCCUGAGCAAGGCUACACCAAGGUCCCUGAACAAGGCUACAUCAAGGUCCCUGAAUCAGGCUACACCAAGGUCCCUGGACAAGGCUACAUCAAGGUCCCUGAACCAGGAUACACCAAGGUUCCUGAACAAGGCUACACCAAGGUCCCUGAGCAAGGCUACACCAAGGUCCCUGAACCAGGCUACACCAAGGUUCCACAGCCACAUCCCUCUAAAGUCACUCCAGUCCCAGGUCAACAGAAGACCAAACAGAAGUAA